AGUGGUCGAGGUCAUAGCGGCUGGUAGUUGCCGACGAGUUUCGUCGUCGUUUUGUAGUAUUCGCGUGCUCUCUCUGCUCGGUUCGUUCGUUCGAUAAAUAAUUUUAUACGUGUAACGUACAAAUUUAGCUUUUCCUUUCGUUAAUUUAUUUGUUAUUGAUGUACUUACAAUAUUUUUAGUUUUAACAAUUUAAUCGUUGAGUGUUUACGUGUUUACACAUAUUCAAAGGUUGAUACUGCUUUUGCUACUACACAUUUAUUCCUAUUUUGGUUUGUUUUUUGUCAGUCAAUAUGAGCGAAAGGCGCGGAACUAAGGGGUUGGAGUUAUGGUGCAGACGCAUGACAGAAGGUUAUCCUGGCGUCAAAGUUGAAAACAUGACAACGUCGUGGAGAGAUGGCCUUGCAUUCUGUGCGAUCAUCCACCACUUCAGACCAGACUUAAUAGACUUCUCCAAACUUAACAAAGACGACAUUUACUACAACAAUGAACUUGCGUUCAGAACAGCAGAACGUCAUUUGGGUAUCCCAGCCCUUCUAGAACCGGAGGACAUGGUAGAAUGCUCCGUCCCCGACCGCCUUUCCAUUCUCACAUAUCUCUCUCAAUUCUAUCAAGCAUUUGUAGCAUCUCAAGGUAAGAUUAUUGUCAAUUUUGUAGUCUUUUAGUUGUCAUAAUCUGCG